AUGGCACCCACCGACUCGCCUUCCCUCGACAUCAACGUCGCGCGCCCGUCCUCAGAUCUCCAGGACCCGCGCAGAGACGAAGUCGAGGUCGAAUUGGAGAACUUCUCUGAGGAUGUCUCAUCCCAAGGCCGACAGCAGGAGAUCGAUAGGAAGAGGAACCGUGUUCUGCUGGCGUCGGCGAUCCUACAACUUCCAAUCUGGGGCUUUGCAAUGAGCUACGGCGUGUUCCAAGAAUACUACUCGAAAGCGCAUUUCCUGAAGGGCGGGCAUUCGGCCACCGGUGUGAUCGGCACGACGUCCAACGGCGUCGUGUACCUGACGAUGCCGUUCCUCUUCGCCGCCUUCAGCCAACGCUACGCGCGGUACCGGCACGCGGUCGCGCUGACGGGUGUGGCGCUUGCUUUCAUCAGCUUCCUGCUGUCCUCGUUCAGCACGCACGAGUGGCACCUCGUGGCAACCCAAGGCGUGCUCGCCGCCCUGGGCAGUUCGUUGAUCUACAGCCCCACGACGCUCUCUCUCGGCGAGAGCUUCACGACCAGCAACCGCGCAGUGGCGUACGGCCUCGUCUUCUCGUGCAAGAACAUCGUCGGCUCCACGUGUCCGUUCCUCUUCGGGUAUCUGUUGGACCGCUACGGCUUCCGCACCACGAUGCGCAUCUGGACCGCCAUCAUCACGGGAAGCAGUUUGGGCGCCAUCUUCCUGAUUCCGCCGGUCCAGCAACACGCUUCGACGGCAGACGCAGAGCGACCGCGAUCGCGCCACACGCCGUGGCACUUCCUCAAACAUCAGACCUUCUACGUCUACUGCGUCGCCACGAUCAUGCAGAGUUCCGGCUACGGCCUCCCGCAGACGUACCUCAACUCGUAUGCCCAGGACGCCGGCUCGCUGUCGCAGACCUCGGGGACCCUGCUUCUGGGUCUGUUCAACAUCCCCGGCAUUGUCUCUAGCUCGUUCUUCGGCUAUCUGAGCGACAACAAGCGGUAUCCGCUCUCCGCAAACACCGUGACGUGGGUUUCCAGCAUCAGCUCCGCCCUGGCUGUCUUCUUGCUCUGGGGCCUGGCGCCACGCACGAGUAUGGCCGCGCUCACGAUGUUCUCCAUCACCUUCGGCUUCUUCGCCAGCGGAUAUAGUGCCACGUGGGGCGGCGUCAUCAAACAGCUGGAGCACGAGUCCGCGGACAGAAACGAGGCGAUCGAUAUAGGUGUCGUGUAUGGCUUGUUGAACGGCGCUAGGGGGCUCGGAUACGUGAGCGGUGGUCUGGCCGGUGUGCAGCUGCUGAAGACCGGAACCCUGAACGGUCCGGCAAACUCGGGAUACGGAACCGAAUACGGGCCCUUGAUCAUCUUCACCGGAUUGGCCUCCGUCUUUGGUGGUUGGAGUCUGAUGUGGAAGUGCGGACGACUGAUUCUCUAA